AUGGCCACCGGACAUUUCCAGCGAUUCAGAUUUGAUCCCGGCCUCACCUUCGCAUCAUGCAAUGCCAAGCCCUGUUCUCGCAUCCGCCGCUCAACCCAGCUCGCCUAUACACCGAGCCACACGAUCUAUUUUGUCUCUGAUCGACCCCGUCUCGUGUUCAAACCUCACGUAGAAAUCGUCCGAGACGAUCAGCGUUCAACAGGACCUCCAACAGCCGGAACCGAUUCCGCCUCCAGAUUUAUCGGCUUCUUUUCCACCUCUGCAUCCUUAGCUUCUUCACCACCUCCCCGCGGCUCUGCUGACCGUCUUCACCUCUCCAUGCUCCAAUCCUGCGUCUCCGCUGCCGACACCCGCCUCGCCCUCGAUGCUAUCAUGGUCUCCGCCAACAGUGGUCGCAGUUCUUGCCCAAGCCUUAGAUGCUACAACACUCUCCUGCUCAAACUGGAAAAAUUCGGCAUGGUUACUGAGAUGAAGUCCGUCUAUUGCCAAAUGCUCCUCGUCGGUAUCUUACCCAACCUCUUUACCUACAACACCAUGAUUAACUCCUCUUGCAAGCUUGGCGACAUAUCUAAUGCGAUGAUCUACCUUGGUCAUCUGGUACGGGCGGGAUUUGAUCUUGAUACCUUCACAUUCAACUCAUUGAUGAUGGGCUAUUGUAGAAGAAAUGAUAUCGAUAGAGAUGGAAUGGUUUAUGAGACAAUGUUGCGCAAGUCUUGCAAAAGGGAUGUACACUCUUAUACUAUACUGAUUGACGGACUCUUGAAGGCUUUUCUGGUGGAGGAAGCGUUAAAAUUGUUGUCAGAAAUGGAGUAA